GAAUAAGUGGGUGAUUAACAGACUUCUGCAACAGUUGAUGGCAUCCAGAGGAGGUCAUCGAAUCAUCUGGAUCAGCUUUUGUGCAACAGAGACACAUUUGAGCUAUGCAGGCAGUGGCCCAUAAUGACUGCAGUUGAGAAACACUGAUCUACACCAACAAGCAGCAGACUGCCAUCACAGGUUGCCAGGUGGCAGAGUGAGAAAAAAAAAAAAAACCCUCACUGCACACCUGAAUCUCAUCUGUGAAAAGGAUGAUGAGGAAGUGGCCUUGUAACAGAAACACUGCGUGAAGCUCUUGUGUGUGCAGGAGCCGUCCUACCAAAGUUGGCAGACAAUACAGCUCUGGUUCUGCAAAAAGAGACCCUCUAAAAUAUAAAUGAGGAAAUCCACACCUGUUUCCAAGUAACCAAGGCAGACACCGUAUUGGCACGGCAGCUGCUGCUAACCUGUUUGGCCUGAAGAAUUAGACCAAAUUUGAUCAAAGGAAAAGUCUGGUGGGGCCCAACUGAGACGUCCUGAAGCUGGAAGAGGAGACUUGGUGGAGGGUGGGCAACUGGAGAGACAGAGGUCGUCACAGGUGUUUCCUCUGAGCACUGAGCAUCAAUUUGUCCAAACAUGAAUCCCAUGUGGAAGGUUUAUAAAGGCAAAGUGAUGAAGACUCUGAAUCCUGAGUAUGAGGAGGAUACUGCAGAGGAGGUCACAGAGAUAGAACAUGACAUGAGUCCAAUACAGGAGGAUGAAGGACCCAACGCUGUCUCUCAGCUGGCCAGAAAGAUGCAGGGGGCAGGGGCUAAAAGCUGGAACAGGUUUUCGUCUCUUUUCAACAAAGAGGAUGAGCACCAGCUUCUGGAGGAGACCGAGUGCCCGCCUGUCGCUGACCACCCUCUCGCAGUAAAACCUGAAGAGCCUCCUCGACCGACCAGGCGCAGUGGAUUCUGGGAUACUUUUGCAACCAACUUUGCUGCAAAGAAGCAGGCUGAAGCUGCUGCUGCUGCUGCAGCUGCAAAUGAGGGCGUGGCAGAGUCAGGUGAGGAAGGAGUGACUCAGGCUGCAGGGGAGGAGCAGCAGGUUGGCCCGACUGAGGAGACGGAAGCAGGAAGCAGCAGCAGCAACAACAGCUUCUCUAAAUAUGUGACGCUGGGAGGGAGCAGCGAAGACGCCUCCUUUAAGUGGAACUUUGUUACCAGCAAGCUGGCAGAGCUGAAAACCAAGGGCAUGGUGAAUAAGACCAACUGAUCGCUACAAAGAUGUCUUCUAACAUUCUUACAAAAUGUUGCAGCAAAUCAUAUUUAGUUUAACUUUAUUUCAUUAUAAUCUCAUUCGAUUGUUUUCAGGUCUUAAAGGUAAAAAGACAUUAAAACUUGUUUUCAAUCAAUCAACCAUAAAAGGUGGGAUGUGGUGUGUAUAAACAUUGAUCCUGGACUAAAUAUUAAACAUUGGAUUACUUCUACAGUUCAGCACACAUUGAACUGUAGAAGUAAAUGUUGCAGAAUAAAUGUUUAGAGUCUACUUAUUUAAGAAAGCCUAAAUGUUAAUGCUGCAACAAAUGAAUUUGUGCCUCAGUAAUAGGGCAGGUGAACUGUGCAUUCCUAUCUCCUUAUCUCUGUAAAGUGAUGCUUGCACCCCUCCAUGAUGUGAAGUAAACAGGUUUAUUGCUGUUUUCAGUAACCCUUGAAAACUUUAAAAUGGAGUUUGUGUGGUCAAAUUUUCCACCACAGUGUUUCUUCAAACAAGACAAAAGGGGCUUACCUACCUUUCAACAAAUCUAACCUAAUCUGUAGUUUAGGGGAAAACUGGAUUAAAAGAUUAAAGGCAGCGAUAGCUGGAUUAGCUGAGGAUCUGAUCACUUAACCUAUUCAGAGAGAAUUACAGCUCAAAGGUCUUUAAUUAUGGUAAGACCCUUUGCAUGGGCAAGCACUUACUAAGAAAUUCUUCCUUUGUGAUGUGAAAUGAAAGACUAAAAUGUGUUUGGUCAUAAAAUCUGAAACCAUGACUUGAAUUUUCUAAUCUUUGACUGAGACUGAAAUGUGCAAUGUGUGAAUCUUUUUUGUUCAUGACAGGGGAAAUUGGCUGAUGUUGUUAUUUUGGUGUCUUUUGGGUCUUGACUUGUAUGUUUAUUUUGUUUUUGGUUCUGAUAUGACAAAAUAAAGACUGUUUACCCUGAA